GAAAAAUUUUUGGGGUUAACACAGGGGUUAACAAGUGUAAGAAAGUAAAUUAAAUAAUUUUUUAUUAAUCUUGUUGGUGAAAGUGUUAUUAAAUUUUGAUAAAAUCAGUAUAUAAAAAAUGAGCACCAAGGCGUCUGUUAAUCGUCGUGUUCUAGCAAUUCAAGCGAAAAAAAAGCGUUAUAAGCCAACAAAACGUAAAGGCAAAGGCGAUGGAGACAAUGGUGGUGCACAUUGUUCUAAAACAGUUUCAUCAAAACAACUAACUGCCGAUGAUAUUGAUGAUAGUCAGAGAAAUUAUUCUACUGACAAUGGAACAAACAGAUUGGAACCAAGCCACAGCUCAAGCAACGAAACUAUCGAAGAUGACGAUGAGGCUUACACGAGUGAAGAAGAAGAACAGGAAGACAGCAAAGAUUAUUGCAAGGGUGGUUAUCAUCCAGUUAAAAUUGGUGAUUUAUUUUUAAAUCGUUAUCAUGUUACUCGUAAACUUGGUUGGGGACAUUUUUCAACGGUUUGGUUAUGCUGGGAUCUUCAAGAUAAACGUUUUGUUGCAUUAAAAGUUGUUAAAUCAGCAUCACAUUUUACUGAAACAGCACUUGAUGAAAUAAAAUUAUUAAAAGAUGUACGUGAUACUGAUCAGUAUGAUCCAAAACGUAAUAAAACAGUACAAUUAUUGAAUGAUUUUAAAAUAAGCGGUAUUAAUGGUCUUCAUGUAUGUAUGGUUUUUGAAGUAUUGGGUCAUAAUUUAUUAAAACUUAUUAUUAAAUCAAAUUAUCGUGGUAUACCACGUAACAAUGUAAAACGUAUUAUUCGUCAAGUACUUGAAGGUCUCGAUUAUCUUCAUAAUAAGUGUCAUAUUAUACAUACUGAUAUUAAACCAGAAAAUGUAUUAAUAUGUGUUGAUGAAACAUAUAUUAAAAAAUUAGCAUUCGUUGCAACUGAAUUACAUUCACUUGGUUUAAAAUUACCAAUAUCAUUAAUAUCAACAGCACCAAAAGAAUUUCAAGAACCAGUACCAAAUUCUAAAAUGUCAAAAAAUAGAAAAAAAAAAUUAAAGAAAAAAGCUAAAAGACAAAAUGAAUUACUAAAAAAACAAAUGGAACAAAUUGAAGAAAUUGAAGAACAGUCCAAGCCACAAACAAAUACAACAACUUCAUUAAAUGAAAAUGGUAUUAGUGAAGUUAAUAGCCCAGAUCAAGAACAAAAUGACGAAAGUAUUGAUAAUAAUACUGAGAGUCAAGAAACAUCAGAUAUCAAUGGUAUUGAUACUAUAAUUGUUGAUGAUAUUAAAAUGGAUAAUCAAUUAUCGGAUAAUAAUACAAAAUAUACUGAUAAUAAUGAUCAUGAUGAUAAAAAUAAGACGGUUGUUGAUGAUUUUUUGCCACCAGAUCCAGAAGUUUCGGAAAUAUCAAUUGAUCAUAAUACAUUGAAUUUCGGUGAUGAUAAUAAACAAAAUAAAAAAGUAUCAGUUGCACCAUUUGAUCCAGCUCUUGUUGAUUGUGAUGUAGAAGUUAAAAUUGCUGAUCUCGGUAAUGCUUGUUGGACACACAAAAAAUUUACAGAAGAUAUACAAACAAGACAGUACAGAAGUUUGGAGGUAUUACUUGGUGCAGGUUACAAUACCUCAGCUGAUAUAUGGUCAACAGCAUGUAUGGCAUUCGAAUUGGCAACUGGUGAUUAUCUUUUUGAACCACACAGUGGUGCUGAGUAUACCAGAGAUGAGGAUCAUUUGGCUCAUAUUAUCGAAUUACUCGGUGAAAUACCACGCAGAAUUGCAUUAUCUGGAAAACAUGCUAAAGCUUUUUUCAAUAAAAAAGGUGAAUUGAAACAUAUUAAUGGCUUGAAGCCAUGGGGACUUUAUGAAGUUUUAACUGAAAAAUAUGAUUGGUCACCAAGUGAAGCACGUGAAUUUGCUGAAUUUUUAACACCAAUGCUUGAAUUUGAUCCAAAUACACGCGCUACAGCUGCUGAAUGUCUCAAACAUCCUUGGCUACAAAUCAAAUAAACAUAUUCAUCACUACAAAGCCACACCUCCCUUUUGCUCUAUUUCAACAAUCUUGAAUUUUUUUUUUUCUUCAAAUACACUCAUUAGUGAUGUCUAAAUUUUUGCUACACAAUAAUUCGACUAACCAAGCAUUCAUUUUAAUAUUCUUAAAACUCAUUUUGUACGAAAUCAGGAGAAAAAAAAAAGAAUGAAUAAUGUAAUUAAUUAUUUAUUCUUGUUCGAAUCUGAUACUCGAUAAUGAUUCAUAGGAAAAAAAGACUUGUCAUUCCGUGGUAAAUUCAUUUAAAGAUGAAAAAAAUUUUAUCAUGAAAAAAAAAUUCUUUGAAAAAAAAUAAUUCAAAUAUUAAUAUCAAAUGUAAUUUAUUGAUGUUUUUAUUUAAUACUUUUUGUUUUUUUAUUAUUUUUUUUUUCAUCCUCAUUUGUACAUCGUAAAUGUAUUUAUAAAUUUAUUUCUAAGUGUCAUUUUCUUUCUUUUAUAUCUCAAAUAAUGACUUAAAUUAAAUCCAUAAGUAAAAAAAAAAUUUAAAAAAUUUCAUCCUCGCUUUUUUUGUACGAAAAAAAAAAACAAACAAAUAAUGAAAUUAUUGCAUAAAAAAAUCAAUAAUGAAUAAUAAAUAAAAAGAAAACAGAAAAAUCUCGUAGUUUAAUUGGCGGAUGAUAAAAUUAAUGCUCAGAUUAAUUGAGAUUUAAAAUUGGAAAAAGGGUCAUGCUGC